AUGUUCAUUCAAGGAACUACAUUGGCUAUAUCAUUUCUUCGCGAUCUACACAAUUUAACUGUUGUUUAUAAACCAAAUGCAUUCGUUUAUCACAUUUGUCAAACAUCAUCACAUCACAUUAAUUUUAAACGAAUCCGUUGGCAUUAUGAAUCAUCAAGUGAUCAAACAAACGAUACUGAUACACAUUGUAGACGUUUAUUUAAUAAUUCGGAUUGUUUUGACUUCUAUUAUGGAACGUCGACGAGCGUUCUCGUUGUUAAAGAACCUGAUAUGUUCGGUGGAAAGUAUACUUGCCAUGUCAACAUCAAUUCCACAUACGAAAUGGUCUCAUCAGGGUAUAUCGAUGUGAAAUCACCGAAGAAUGACAUGAAUGAGUAUGACGAAUCAAUGGACAUGUACAAUGAAAAGGAAUUAGGUAAAUUAGCUGUUCAAAACCGUGUUCCAUUCAUUCUCGAUGAGAACGAUGUGACAACGUUUGGAAGACGUGUUCAAAUCGGUGGACUUUUUCAAACCAAAUGUCAAUCUGUAACCAGUUCUUAUCCAAUACAAUUUUUAUGGCUACAUUUGAAGAAUACAUCUGAUAGUGAACAUUCGGAACGCAUGAAGACUGUUCGUUUUAUUCAAAAUGACGGCAGACGGGUCAAAAUACAAGAGACUCAACAUUCGAGCACCUUGUCCAUCUAUCCCGUUGAAUUUUCGGACGACGGAGAUUAUGUUUGCAUUGCUUCCAACACUUUCGGUCGAUCCUACUCCAGCGUACGUUCGUUGAUUGUCUCAGAACGCAUGAUAUAUCCUCGCAUACGCGAAAACUUGCGUAACCAUACUCAAAUCGAUCUUCAACAUGAUGGUGUAAAGGAUCUGCUGUGCGUUGCCGAUGGUUAUCCGGAAGCCGAUGUUGUUUGGAUUCGAGCAUCCGAUUCAAAUUUUCUUGCACGAAAUUUCACACGAGCAUUACUCAGAUUUGAUCAGGAAAUGCAUGGGGUGAACACAUACAUUUGUGAAGCAAAGAAUAAGCAUGGAUCAACGAAAAUAUUUAUCACUGUUAUCAUACCAGAUAAUCAAUCCAAACCGUUGUUAAGUGCUACUGAUAUUCAAAGUCGCAGUGUUUUAUUAGCAUGGAAAGUAUCGAACGGACGUUACGAUCGAUUCAAUCAUUUUAUUAUUUAUUAUCGUCGUUUACAAAACUCUCCCGAUGAUAAAAACGACGAAUCCGAUGUUAUUAAUGUUCAAGAUUACAAACAAGUCCUAGUAGACCCACGAACGACUCAUUAUAGUUUUACCUUUCGAAUGAUGGAUUUGACUCCAUAUGCGAAAUAUGAAUUUCGAUUAAAAGGUUUCAUUGGUGCUACGCCGUCGGCUUAUUCCAAUUCAGUCAUCGUUAAAACAGUCGAAACUGUACCGGACAAAGUAGAAAAUCUCCACGGUUAUGUUUGGAAUGAAACAGCUGUGGUGGUUCAUUGGACACCGCCAAACUCAACGAAUGGACCGAAUUUCUAUUAUGUCCUUUAUUACACAAUAAACACAUCGAUACCCUUCGAGCAAUGGUCUCAUGUUGUUGUUCGAACGUAUCCAUUCGAUGUUUUAUCCGUGACAAUUCCCGCGCAACAUUUUCUCUUCAUUCGUGUUGCUACUGUGAAUGCAAAAGGUUCAAUCCUAAGCGAUUUUCAUAUAAUUAAUCGUACGUUAAUAAAUCAUCAUGUAAUGUCGACAAUCGACAAAUUUCAAUGUUCAUCGAACGAGAAAAAUCAAUUAUUUUCUAUUCAAUGGUCGAUCGAUUAUGAAUCACGUUUAUAUAUUAAGAAAUAUCUUUUAUACUACCUCGAUGUGACAGAAACCAAUGAUGACUUAGUACGACAAUUGAUUAUUCCAUUAAGCUCUCUGACUAUUAAUAAACAACAUCCUUAUGAUUUAUAUAAGUACGAAGUGAAUAAUUCGAUUUUUGAUUUGGAUUAUAAUCAACAACAUGUUUUGAAAUUACAUUUGGCGUUUAUCGAUCAUAAUGACAAUCACAUGGCAUUGACACAAUCAGCGAUUUAUUGUACUUUAGCGAGAAAAUAUGCUACCGAUAAAGAUUUCAUACGUUUAUCAUGGAUGAAACCAACACGUUUGCCAGCGAAUGUUUAUGGUUAUACGAUAAAAUAUCGUCCAAUUCAUUCCAAUCAAUCCUGGAUAGUAAAACAAACAAAUGACACUCAAAUCUUUCUAACAGAUCUUCGUCCAAUCACCAAAUAUGAAAUUAUUCUUCAACCUUAUUUCAACUCAUCGUAUACCGAUUCGUCAGGUCCAUCGACACGCGUCGAAGUCUUUACAGACGAAACAGGUAAUUUCCUGUUCGAAUCAAACAAUGCUUGA